UCCACUUCACCAAAGUAUUAUUUUUUUAAAAGAAAAAGGAAAAUUAAGAGACCUAAACGAUUUUUAUUCCACAUGGGAACUAGCACAACAGUCAAGAGUUUAUUGUGUGUUUUAAGUGUUCUCAUGAUCUUUUGUUUGUCUUCAUUGUAUUUGUUUCUGUUGUCAAGAUGGCUUCCCGUUGUCAGACUUCAGGCAGAGAAUAGUGAUACAAAUAUCAGUGAAGAGAUUAGUGCUCUAGUGAAUCAAAGUGUUUUCAGUGGAGAAUUCAAUUUUCCAAGUUCACUAGAAGAGCUUAAAACCUUAACUGCUGUACUGAAGCAAUACAAAAAGGAUCACCUGGGUUAUGUAGGACUUCUUUUCUGCAGUGCAUAUCUUUACAAACAAAGUUUUGCUAUACCUGGAUCUGUCUUCAUGAACCUUCUAGCAGGAGCCUUGUUUGGAGUGUGGAUUGCUUUUCCCCUGGCCUGUGUAUUAACAGCAUGUGGAGCAACUUGCUGCUACUUGCUGUCAAAAAUGUUUGGAAAAACCUUGCUUUUGCAGUAUUUUCCAGAAAAGAUUGCUCUUUUACAAGAAAAGGUACAUCAAAACUCAGAUGGAUUGUUUUUCUUUCUUCUUUUCCUGCGCUUAUUUCCAAUGUCUCCCAAUUGGUUUCUGAACAUGGCUUCUCCAAUAUUAGACAUUCCACUGGUACAAUUCUUUUUUUCUGUUUUAUUAGGAUUAAUGCCCUACAAUUUCCUGUGCUGUCAAACUGGAUGCCUGUUAUCACAGCUCAGCUCCAUAAGUGAUAUUUUUUCCUUUUCGAUAAUGGUGAAGUUAGCAACUAUGGCGCUAAUUGCUGUGGUGCCUGCAUUUAUUAUCAAACGAAUCCAUAAAAAGCGUACAUCCACACUGAAGCAAUGUAAAAGUGAAUAAUACUUAAUAUGUAAACGAAUAUAUACAUUUAUUAAACGCAUCGCUUUCGUUAU